UGAAUUCUAUUGAUUCACUCAUUAUUUCAAUUGUGUUUAUAUUUGGAUUCAAAGUGAAAUUGUUUUAAACAAAAUCAAUAAUGAGUAAAAAGUUAUCGUUGUGUCGGUGCUGGCGAUCAGAGACGUUCCCCCUGUGCGACGGCUCACACAAUGCCUACAAUGAGGAGUACAACGACAACGUCGGACCCGUUAAUAUCGAAUGGGACAACGACUCGGAGGAAUACAACGAAUCGAAAACAUUAGCCGAACCCGACAUACAGUCUAUGAACGCGUCCACGGAAUUGAGUUCACUAGAGAUGAUUGACAGUAACGGUAGCGGUGAUAAUGGCAGCCAUACUAGUAGUCAUAGUAAUGAUGACAGUAAUUUAUUUUGAAAUGAGAUACACAUUCAUUUGAAUUGGCAUUCAAUAACGGAUAAAAUGCUAUCAAUUUUAGUGAUUUAAUUAAUUAUAUAUAUAUUUUUAAGUUUGAUUUUCUAAUUGAUGAGAAACUUAAUGGAUUUUUUCAAUUAGUAUUUUGUGGC